AUGGCCAGCAGGUGGCAUUACGCGUCCUGGGGAGCCGCCGCGUCCGACCCCUGCGCCCCGAGGCCGCCCGAGCCUGGCCCGCGCCCGGCCCGGCGGCCUCUCCCAGCGGACGCGGGCGCCCACGCCGCCAGACUGCGAGGGCACCAACCGCGCGUGUGGGCCGCCCUGCAGGACGGCCAUCAUCACGGCGAGCCUCCCUCCGGCAGUGGGGGCGCGCACUCGUGGCACGCCCUGGCAGCGUCGGCGACCUCAACCGCCAGGCCAGGCCUCCGGCUCGACCUGGCCGCCGCGACGGCUUCGUGGCCCGCGCUGGCGGGCGUCCAGGACGCGCAGAUGCCGCUGGCCGAGCUCGUGAGCUGGCACAGUCUUCCUGAGGUGGACUCAGCCCUCCGUGGCGACGUGGCGGUCACCACGAUGGCCGUUCUGAAUUUGCCCUAUGCGUACCCGAAGUGGAAGCUGCAGUGGGACAUCAAGCAGGAGGGCCUUGCGUACGACUACUUCCACUGCCCCCAGGACGCUCGCAAGGAGAGGAAUCGCGGAUUUGCGUUUGUAAACUUCCUGACGCCAGAGGCCGCCCACGCAUUCCAGCGGUCUUUCCACAACCGCGAGCUCUCCUACCCCGGGGCAGAGGCUAAGGUGGUUGCUGUCGUGCCUUCUGAUCUGCAGGGCCUCGAGAAGAACGCCCGCCUCCACCCACAGGGCUUGGCUUUACUUCCGCAGUUGCUGUUGCAGCAGUACCAGCAGCGUCACCUUCGCCAGCAGCACCAGCAGAUGACAGCCGCAAGCGGCGGCGGCAGCACCAGUCGGGGACCCUGGGAGGCUGAGCAAGUCGCGGUGGACCAGAGAGCCUCCUCCAGCCGCUCCCAGGUGGCCCCUGCGACGCACUCGCCGUCGCCAUCUCGAAACGUGCCGGUGGUCUACAGGCUGUCCUUAUGA